UCUUCCUCACUCCUCCUCCGCUCGCCAUUGCUGCAAUUCUGCAAUUCUCUCCUCUCUCUCUCUAAAAAUGGCCGCCAAUACCGUGAUGAGCUGCGGCGUCGCCGCCAUCGCCUGCCCCGCCGCGCUCUCGUCGUCCAGGUCGCGAUUCGCCGCCGCGACCUCGCUCAACGUCGGCUCCGCCGUCACCUCCUCCUCCCGGUUCACCAUGACCGCCGACUCGGAGUGGUUCCCCGGCCAGCCCCGCCCGGCUCACCUCGACGGCUCCUCCCCGGGAGACUUUGGAUUCGAUCCAUUGGGGCUUGGAGUUGUGCCAGAAAUGCUGGAGAGAUACAAGGAGUCUGAGGUUUACCACUGCAGAUGGGCUAUGCUUGCCGUUCCCGGAAUUUUAGUCCCGGAGGCGCUAGGCUUAGGGAAUUGGGUGAAGGCCCAAGAAUGGGCGGCCAUUCCCGGGGGACAAGCAACGUAUUUGGGUAACCCGGUGCCGUGGGGCACUCUACCCACGAUCCUCGCAAUUGAGUUUGUGGCACUUGCUUUUGUCGAGCACCGGAGGACUAUGGAGAAAGACAUCGAGAAGAAGAAGUACCCGGGAGGAGCUUUCGACCCUCUAGGCUUCUCCAAAGAUCCUAAAAAAUUCGAGGAGUACAAAGUCAAGGAAAUUAAGAAUGGGCGAUUGGCGAUGUUAGCGUUUGUGGGAUUUUGCGUGCAACAAUCCGCAAGGCCGGGGACGGGGCCAUUGGAGAAUUUGGCGAGCCAUUUGGCGGAUCCAUGGCACAACAACAUUGGCGACGUCCUCAUCCCGAGAAACAUCUCUCCUUUUUGAUGCUCUAAAUUUAAAUAGAUCGAUCGAAUUUGUAAAAACUCAUAUGUGUAAAAUGUGUUGAUGUCUAAUGGUAUAUGUGUACGCCUCAAUUUGUUUGUGUGA